AUGUUUAGACACGCCCUCCUGUUCCUGAUGCUGGCCGUCGGCCUCGGGCUGGCGAGCGCGGCACCGGCGACCGAGCCCAAAGCCGAGCCGGCCGCCCCCAAGACACCGGCGUCCACGGAAAAACUCGUGCCGCUCAUCGCGCCGCUCCCGGCCCUCGCAAUACCCCAGAUCGCAGUGCCCUUUCCCGCCCUCCUGUUCCUGAUGCUGGCCGUCGGCCUCGGGCUGGCGAGCGCGGCACCGGCGACCGAGCCCAAAGCCGAGCCGGCCGCCCCCAAGACACCGGCGUCCACGGAAAAACUCGUGCCGCUCAUCGCGCCGCUCCCGGCCCUCGCAAUACCCCAGAUCGCAGUGCCCUUUCCCUUCCCAGCGCUGGCUUACCCCUAUCUGGGGCCGUUCCGGGUAGCGGCAGUUCCUUCGACUUACACCGUCGAGGAGCACGGGUAUACCAUCACUUACUGA